CAAGACGCGCUCGGGCUCGGCGCUCUGCCAUGGCCGAUGGUUGGCUCUCCAACGUCAUCGUGGUGGUUGAGAACCCCAGCGACAGCCACAACUUGGAUCGACUGCGCCGGGUCUGCCGGGCCUUUGGCGUCCGUGAGCUGCGGUUGAUCCAGGAGGCCAAGGAGGAGGAUCCACGAUGUCGGAAGGCGCUGAGACUGGAUCCCAGCGUGGGCCGAGUAGUUCUGAACACCGCCCAAUGCAUGCAGGACUUGGCGCGCGAGGGCAUCACCUCCUUCGCCACUUCGCUGGGUUCGAGCGUCAACCUCUACGACCUUCGUUUUGACCGUCGCAAGAUGGCCUUUUGGUUUGGCCAGGAGAAGUAUGGGCUGACAGAGGAGGCCACCCAGGGAGCGAACGAGCGUAUUUUCAUUCCAAUGUCAGGCAUGGUGCAAAGCCUCAACGUGGCCGUCUCCGCAGCUGUCAUCCUGGCAGAGGUGGCCAGGCAAGUGGCCUUCGGCCUGGCACCAUGCCCGUUUGCAUCGCCGAUUGAUCCCGUGGAAAGCAGCAGCCGCGCCGAGCGGUUCCUGGCCAUUGCGCGGCGGCGGCAGCGGGGCUUGGUGGUGGUGCUGGAGGAUCCCGACAGGCUUGAUGCUGCUGCAAUCCUUCGCAGCUGUGACGCCUUUGGAGUUGCGGAGGUGCAUUUCAUCUUUGAGACUUCGAAGGCGUUUGAUCCGCUGGCAAACCGCCAGGUGACGAAAUCGGAGGGCUCCAAUCUGUGGGUCUGCUCCCGAGUCUUCGGGUCCGUUGCGGAGUGUCGCCGCUGCCUGGACGGCUUCGUGCAUCGGCGCCUGGCGCAGGGGCCUUCGGUCCUGGGCAGCCGCCUGGGGGAGGAGCCCAAGUUGGCCCUGUGGCUGACGCGGCGCCGGGACUUCGAGCCACUGGGCCUCGGUCCUGGUGCCGACGCCGACGCCGACGCCGACGCCGCGGAUGCCGCGGCAUCGGACGCGGGGCUGGCGGCGUCGGGGCUGGCGGCGGCGACCUUGGCUGAGCUGGUGCGCCAGAGGCGCAGCAGUGCCUCUCCUGAGAGCUGGUGCUUCGGCCCGGAGGAGCAGGACGCCUACGUCCGAUGGUGCGAGGCGGUGCACGCGAAGCGCCACACCAGCCUUCCGCAGGCAUCUCUGGGCGAGGCUGAGAUGAGCCCCGAGUACGAGCGCUUGGGCCGGCUCCGCGCGGAGCUCGCGCGGCAGGGCUGGUGA